UAUCCAAGAAUUUCUUACUCCGGAGUGAAGUUGGAAACACUGAAUGAGAAAUGACCCCACAACCAUCUAAGGAGACAAAAUGAAACCAGUGGUGGCGACUGGCGAUGGCGAGAGCCAACCCUCGAUCCAGUGGCUGCCACGCAACUCCUAGAAGUAAAUUUAGAUUCUCCGGGCCGUUUCAACUCUUCGUAAUGGUGUAAGAUCGCUUUGCCUUCUCUCUCUCACAUGUAUUUGCUUUUGCUUCUGUGCUACUCCAUUAAUGACCCUCUGUCUGAGAGCUUCAAAAGCUUCGGCUACCAUAAACCCUACCCGUUCUAUCAAGGACGUCAUUUCCAAAUCAAUUCGUGAAAAACCCUCGAAUUUUUCCAAUUAUUACUGGCUCUCCCACCAGUUUGGACCCGUAAUUGUCGACCCCGACUUGUUUGUUCGCGUAUUGAGUUCGUUUAGGACGAGCCCACGCAUGGCUUUGCGGCUCUUCCGAUGGGCGGAGAGCCAACCAGGGUUUCGCCGGUCGGAGUUUGUGUUUUGCGCCAUUCUUGAAAUUCUUGCACAGAAUAACUUGAUGCGAUCAGCCUACUGGGUGAUGGAGAGAGUAAUUAAUGCAAACAUGCAUCGAAUUGUGGACGUUUUGAUUGGCGGGUGCGUGAGUUCGGAGGUUUCGGUUAAGAUUCUCGAUCUUUUGAUAUGGGUUUACUCUAAAAAAUCCAUGGUGGAGCAGUGUUUGUCGGUUUUUGAUAAAAUGAUAAAAAGUAGGUUGUCUCCGGAUGUCAAGAAUUGUAAUAGAAUACUUAGGAUACUUAGAGAUAAAGAUCUUAUGAGCAAAGCUGUAGAAGUUUAUAGAACAAUGGGUGAGUUUGGGAUUAAGCCCACUAUUGUUACAUACAAUACUUUGUUGGAUUCGUAUUGCAAGGGAGGGAAAGUGCAGCAAGGACUAGAUCUAUUAUCAGAGAUGCAAAGAAGAGGGUGUGCUCCAAAUGAUGUUACUUAUAAUGUGUUGAUAAAUGGGUUGUCAAAAAAAGGGGAAUUUGAGCAGGCCAAGGGAUUGAUUGGAGAGAUGUUAAAAACAGGGUUGAAGGUUUCAGCUUAUACUUAUAACCCUUUGAUUUAUGGAUAUUUUAACAAGGGAAUGCUGGCUGAGGCUUUGAGCCUUCAGGAAGAGAUGGUGCUUAAAGGAGCUUCUCCUACAGUGGCAACUUAUAAUUCAUUUAUAUAUGGGCUUUGCAAGUUGGGAAGAAUGAGUGAUGCUAUGCAACAGUUGUCUGACAUGUUGGCAAAUAAUUUGUUGCCAGAUGUGGUUUCAUACAACACUCUUAUUUAUGGGUAUUGUAGGUUGGGCAACUUGAUGAAAGCCUUUCUGUUAUUUGAUGAGUUAAGGAGUAUAUAUCUCUUUCCUACUAUUGUUACCUAUAAUACCCUUUUAGAUGGUCUUUGUAGGCAGGGGGAGUUGGAGGUUGCACAGCAGCUCAAAGUAGAAAUGAUCAAUGAAGGGAUAGCCCCUGAUAUUGUUACUUACACUAUUUUAGUAAAUGGGUCUUGCAAGAUGGGGAGUUUAUCGAUGGCUCAGGAAUUCUUCGAUGAGAUGUUGCAUGAAGGGCUGGAGUUGGACUCCUAUGCAUAUGCAACUCGAAUAGUGGGUGAACUGAAGCUUGGUGACACAUCCAGGGCAUUUAGUCUGCAAGAAGAAAUGCUAGCAAAGGGUUUCCCACCUGAUUUGAUCAUCUAUAACGUUGUUGUGGAUGGACUUUGUAAAUUGGGCAAUUUGGAAGAAGCAUCUGAACUGUUGCAAAAGAUGGUUAGUGAUGGUGUAAUUCCAGAUUAUGUAACAUAUACUAGCAUCAUUCAUGCACACUUGGAAAAUGGUCGUCUCAGGAAAGGCAGAGAGAUCUUCUAUGAGAUGCUGAGCAAAGGCCUAACACCUUCAGUUGUGACAUACACAGUAUUGAUUCAUGGACAUGCUGGUAAAGGGAGGCUCGAACGGGCAUUUAUAUAUUUCUCAGAAAUGCAGGAGAAGGGUAUUCUGCCAAAUGUGAUCACCUAUAAUUCUCUGAUAAAUGGUCUUUGCAAAGUAAGGAGAAUGGAUCAGGCCUACAAUUUUUUUGCUGAGAUGGUAGAAAAGGGAAUAUUCCCUAAUAAGUAUAGCUACACCAUCCUGAUAAAUGAGAACUGCAACAUGGGCAAUUGGCAAGAAGCUUUAAGUUUGUAUAAACAAAUGCUAGAUAGAGGAGUUCAGCCUGACUCUUGUACACAUAGUGCACUACUGAAGCAACUAGGCAAAGACUGUAAACUGCAAGCAGUCAGGCAACUUGAGAGUUUAUUAGACAGUGAAUAAACUGCCAAUACAAAGCCUUGAUGAAAACUUAGGUAGCUUUUUUGGUUUCUCACAUGAUUGGGAUGGGUUCCAUCUUCUUCUUGGAGGAAUUAUUUCAUUUGACUGUGAAGUUGGAAGGUCAAGGAGCUAUUCACUUCAUUUUUUUUAUUCAUUUCUGGAAGUUAUGCUGUAAAAUUGGAGAACAUUCCUUGGAUUGGACCAUUCAUUUUACAAAACAGAGGCCAAAUCUGUCACAUAAAUUCUUUGACAGGUACUGCUGAAAUUCCUAAACAAGUUUAGCUUUUCAAAUAAAUCCUGGCAAAAAAAUUUCUGUUUUCUGUUUUCUUUAUCUCUCUCUCUAUAUAUAUAUAUAGAGAGAGAGAGAGAGAAGGGAGGGGUGAAGGGGGAAGGAGAUGUUCCUUCUUGGUGUAUGAGUUGCUGUGAUUAUGGAAUGUAGUCCUAGUAAUAUUUUCCAUUGUUAGUAAAUGUGCCUAAACUUUUUCAGAACUGAUUCCAAAGGUAUGGACCCAUAUGUGAUAUAAGCAUUUUGUAAUUGAGAAAUUACUUGUCUUACCUUCAA